AUGUCCACCCAGGUGAUCUCAACUGACAACGCUAAAGUUGUCAUCCAGAUAAAUCCACAGCUGGUUCAAGAGAGUGGUGAGGGACAAGAUAAGAGUGGAACAUAUCACAAUGCAGUUCUUAGAGGUUUUUUCAAAGCACAACCAAAGUCGCUGGGGACCGUCCAGAUAAUGAUAGGAGUGAUGAUCUUCUUAUUUGGGAUUGUGCUGACCAUAAGUGACAGAUAUGAGAAUAUAACUGUACUCAGUGGCAUAACCUUCUGGGGAUCCCUCAUUUACAUUACUGCUGGCUCUCUGUCUGUUGCUGCGGAAAAUAAACUCCAUUCCUGUGUGGUUAAAGCCUCACUUGGAAUGAAUGUGGUCAGUGCCAUAACAGCAGGAGCAGCCAUUUUUCUGAUGUCUGUGAAUUUAGCCGAUGUGAGUCGUUUACAGUGCUACAGUUACUCAGAGUCCAGAAGCUGUACACAACUUAAGGGGACCACUGGAAUUUUCCUGGUGUUCACCAUCCUUCAGUUCAUCAUCUCUCUCUGUAUCUCGGCGUUUGCCUGCAAAGCCACGUGUGACACAAACCCUUCAAUGGUCAAUGUUUUACUUAAAGAGAGACCCUGAGUCACAGUGAUGAGAUCCUGCAGUUGGAAUGAGUUCAUUUCUCAUAUAGUUUUCUCGUGCAUUUUUAUUGUGUUUUAAUAGUAUUCCUGUUGCAUUCUGAACUUACAACAUAUUUGGUACAUUUUAUGUGCUUGAUCUCUGAGAGACAAUACAAGUUUCCAUCUUUGAAGGAACAUCCUUCUCAAACACAUUAAGGGGUCUUGUUCAAUAGAUAGAUUCAAUGCACAUUUGGAUAUUUAUAGACGUUUCAGCGGCAACAACAUAAACAAACCCUGACUUUCGUAGCUCAAACUUAACUACUAGUAAGAUAUACUGAAAAUAUGUAAAUUAUAUUUAGUUUCUGUUAAUAUUGUCCUAAAAUUUACACCAAUUUACACACAGCUCUUUGAUCUAAAAAUGAUGAUGAUAACAAUGCUAAAUAAUAAAUAAUCAAAAAUCACAACCCAAACAAAUUAAGAAUACAGAAGCUUCUUUGAUCAGUAUUUUCUUUGUCUUCUCAUCCUUUUCUUGAUAGUGUCACUGGUGUGUAAUUCUAUCUCCACUGGUUUUUGCCUGUCUUCGCUGUGCCUUAUGGUAUUGCUAAUGCCUUGCAAAUAUUUUUGGAGUUACCUUUCAAAACUGAAAUCAUGUUGAUAAUUGUUAAGUUGUUUGUGGGCCACGACUUGUCAUCCUAUUAUCCUAUACUCCAGAGCUCACUGAAAACGUCUCGGUUACAUCUGUAACCC